AUGACUGCAACACGAGGUCUCUCAGUACUGAGUGUUGAUAUGCGUGCGAUGGACAACAAGAAAGCGCACAACACCAGCAGGUACAAGAACACCAGUCUCAUUGUGCGCAGGAAUAAAGAAUUCAUCCUCAUCAUCAGGUUUGACCGACCCUUCAAUAACCAGCAGGAAAAUGUGCAGAUAGAGUUCAUGAUUGGCAGUUCACCUGAUGAAAAUAGGGGCACCUACAUCGCUGUGUUCAUCGGAAAAGAGAAACGUGAUGGGCGCUGGAAUGGUCGCGUGAUUGGCACGCAAGGUAAUGAUGUGACAGUGGGCAUAACACCUGACGCCAGCUGCAUCAUUGGCCGCUUCCGCACCUUUGUAACAGUAGUGACUGAUUUUGGAAAACAGCGCACUCAGAGGAACCCCGACACUGAUUUCUAUGUGCUGUUCAAUCCUUGGGACCCUGCGGAUCUGGUGUAUGUGUCCAGAGAUACCGACAGACAGGAGUAUGUGUUGAAUGAUGUGGGGAUCAUCUACAAUGGAGAAUUCAACAACAUAACCUCCCGUUCAUGGAACUACGGCCAGUUUGAAGAGGGGGUUCUGGAUGCCUGUCUUUUGGUUCUGGAUGCUGGGAAAGUACCUCUGCUGUACCGUGGAAAUGCCAUUGAAUUAGUUCGGCUGGGAUCAGCCCUGAUGAACUCCCAAGACGACAAUGGUGUCCUGGUUGGCAACUGGAGUAGUGAUUACUCCAUUGGCACAGCACCCACUGCCUGGACAGGAAGUCCUGAAAUCCUGCUCAAAUAUGCCAAAGACGGUGGUUUGCCUGUGUGCUUUGCUCAGUGCUGGGUGUUUGCCGGUGUGCUGAACACUUUUUUGCGCUGUCUUGGGAUCCCCGCACGAGUUGUCACCAAUUUCGCCUCUGCUCACGACAACACGGGCAACCUGAAGACAGACAUUAUACUGGAUGAAAAUGGGGGAAUGAACAGAAGCCGAACGAGAGAUUCAAUCUGGAACUACCACAGCUGGAAUGAGGUGUACAUGAGGAGGCCUGAUCUGCCUGAAAAAUACUCUGGCUGGCAGGUGGUCGACAGCACCCCUCAGGAGACCAGUGAUGGUCUUUAUCGAUGUGGCCCAACGUCUGUCAAUGCCAUCAAAGAUGGAGAGCUCAGCUAUCCAUUUGAUGCAAGGUUUGUCUUUGCAGAGCUGAACAGUGAUUUGAUUUACUAUCAGUCUGAUAAGUACGGAAACACAAAGAUCAUCCAAGUGGACACCACGUAUGUUGGAAAGCUCCUUAUCACCAAAAGGGUGAACAGUAACGCCUAUGAUGACAUCACUUCUACCUACAAAUACCCAGAAGGCAGUGACAAGGAUAGGCAGGCCAUGCAGAUGGCAGAGCAUCGUGGCAUUGCUCCCAGGGAUUAUAUUCCACUCGCUGAAACAGGUGUGCACAUCGAGCUCCAGGCCGACACCAUCAAAAUGGGUGAAAACUUCAAGCUGACGCUCAACAUUAAGAACCAGACCAGCCAAAAAUGCACCAUCAGUGCCACUAUCACUGGCUGUGUGGUGUACUACACCGGCGUCACCAGCUCGAUCUUUAAGCUUGAAAGCAAAGCUGCAUCUGUGGAUCCCUGGAAAACCACGAAAGUGAUGAUCGAUGUCAAAGCUUCGGAGUACAUGCCCUACCUGUUGGAACAGUACAACCUGCUUUUUGUGGUGUAUGGACGCAUUCAGGAAACCGGCAUGGCCCUUACGACAAUGAGAGUUGUCGCCCUCCGUCCUCCUGAACUCACAAUUAAGGUGACUGGAACACCCCGGGUCGGCAAGGAUUUCAUGGUCACCGUGUCUUUCCGAAAUCCCUUUAACUUCAUCCUGAAAAACGUUCAGCUGCGCCUAGAAAGCCCUGGUCUGAUUUUGACCAAAUUGAAAACAUACGAUCAGAUCGCACCUGGUGGCACACUGCAACAUACAGACACGAUCACCCCUCAGUACCCUGGGAAGAAGGUGCUGAUGGCGUGUCUGGACUGCGCUACAGUGAGGCAGGUCACCAAUCAGCUGGAAAUCUUUGUGCAUCAGAUCGCACCUGGUGGCACACUGCAACAUACAGACACGAUCACCCCUCAGUACCCUGGGAAGAAGGUGCUGAUGGCGUGUCUGGACUGCGCUACAGUGAGGCAGGUCACCAAUCAGCUGGAAAUCUUUGUGCAGUAA